AUGGAGGGAAGUGGAUGUCCUCAUAUUUCCUUCACCUUAGCGAAUACGGCAGAAGAAACAGCAAUAUUCCGAAAAUACAAAAGGAUUAUCUCAUGGGAUUCACAGCGCAGACAUGAUGCGAUACGCCCUGCAAAGCGGCGAAAGACAGCAGUGCCUGCCUGUGGCACUUGCGAAGCUGCACUCUCACGUCCAGUAGUGUGCUUAAAUUGCUCAUAUUCCGGAUGCUGGCCGAAAGCACAUGCCAAGCGGCAUCUCCAGGAGACUAACCACAAAUUCUGUGUCGACGCUAAGACUGGAUCCGUCUAUUGUUCGGAAUGCAAUGAUUUUGUGUACGAUAGCCGCAUCAGUCAUGCGUAUUUCUCCGCAGCUAUAGCGGCGGAAGAGAGGAAUACUUCCUUUCAAGUCGACAAAAAAUCCCGCGAACCAUUUCAAGCCUGGAUGCCCAAUGAACAAGAAACGGCGAUGCUUAGACAGACCGACAAUCUUUCAUGUCAAGGUCGACGAGGUCUCCUGAAUCUUGGUCAGACGUGCUUCCUAAACGUGAUCCUCCAAUCCUUUGUGGCCAACCCGCUACUCCGGAACUACUUCUUGAGCGACAAACACAACCAAAAACUGUGUAAGACGAAGGAUUGCACUUGCUGUGAGAUGGAUAAGCUGUUUACGGAGAUAUUUUCGGAGAACACGACACCAUAUGGCCCAACUAGCUUCCUCGCCACGACAUGGCGCGCUUCAUCGGAGUUAUCAGGAUAUGCACAGCAAGACGCGCAUGAAUUCUUCAUAGCUGCACUUAAUCAAAUCCACGCGACUUCCCGGGGUUCAACGAUAUUCCAAUGCAUUUGCAUCAUACAUUCGACGUUCGCUGGCCUUCUCCAAAGCGACGUCAAAUGUGAACGAUGCGGGAAUGUCACGACGACGACCGAUCCGAUGCUUGACAUCAGUCUCGAUCUCAAGGAUAAGGACAAGGGUAGCACGGCUGUCGGACAACAAGUGACUCUUGCCUCGUGUCUCAAGAAGUUCACCCAACCGGAAAGGCUAGGGCCCAACGAGUACAGUUGUGCGAAGUGUGAGAAAGCUUCUCAUGAAUGCAGUAAACGAUUGAGCAUCCGGAAACUACCGCCGGUGCUCAGCUUUCAGUUCAAGCGCUUUGAGCACAAGUCCGGAGAUAAGACCACCGCUCACAAGAUCGAGGCUCCUGUGCGUAUCCCAGCGAGCUUGAACAUGGCGCCAUAUACCAGCCUCGUCAUGGACACAAAAAGUGAAGAAGGGAAGGGAAGCGGAAUGGGCCACUCCACUUCUUUUCCACAUAUUGGGCCCGAGGCGUUGUACGAGUACGAGCUGUUUUCCGUGGUGUGCCACGAAGGUCAAAUAGACAACGGGCACUACACGUGUUACGCGCGUUCCCAGGACGAGUGGUACCGGUUCGACGAUGAUAAAGUCACGCAUUCGAGUCUUGGGGCAUGCCUCAACUCGCAGGCGUAUAUGUGUUUCUACGUCAAGCGGCACUUGGACUAUAAGCCCUACACAACGCCCUCGUACAAGAUCACGAGGGAGGCUGAAGCCAUCAAGGAGAAGGAACGAGAGCUGGCAAAAGAAGCUGCUCGCGUAAAGGAAUUUGAGGACGCUUUACUUGCGACAGUCUAA